AUGGCCCCCUCUCCUUUCCAUCCUAAAGCUUCUCGUCAUGCACGUUCCAUCAGUUUGCCAUCCAGAUCUCAUCCUCUUAACUUUCAAGUUCAGGAACAGUUGCACAGGGUAAGGGCUUCAGAAGCCACCUCAUCAUCAAUAUCUUGCAACUUGGGUGGUGGACUGAAAGAUUUAUAUGACAGCGUCACUGAUUUGCUUCAUUUGCCACUAACCCAACAAACAUUAGCCCAAGAACGAGGAGAGAAAUGGGUUGAUGAGGUGUUGGAUGGAUCUCUCAGGUCACUGGAUGUGUGUGGUACAGCACAGGAUGUUCUUUCACAGAUGAAAGAAUGUGUGACAGAGCUCCAAUCUUCCCUCCGUAGAAUAAGAGGGGAAUCUGGUCUAGCAAACGCAGUUGAAGCAUAUAACAUGUGCAGAAAGAAGGUGACUAAGAUGAUCAGCAAGUGCUUCGGAGAUCUAAAGAAAGUAAAGAAGCAGCGUGCAUUUUCCUCUCUCUUAGACAAAAACCACGACAUUGUGGCCAUGGUUAAUGUGCUAAGAGAAGUGGAAGCAAUUACUUUCUCCAUGUUCGAGUCUCUGCUAUUGUUCGUAUCUGGGCAAAAGGCAAUGCAGAGGCCUAGUGGUUGGUCUUUGGUUUUCAAAUUGAUAAACAAGAAAAGUGUGGCAGUUGAGGAAGAAAUGGAGGGAUGUGAAUUUGAGAAGGUGGAUGCCAUAUUGAGCGCCUUCCUUGGCCACAAGACACAUAAAGGCCUUGAAUUGAGGUAUGUAGAAGCACAGAAGAGAUUGGAGACAUUGGAGUUGAGCAUCAGGGAUCUUGAGGAUGGAUUGGAAUGCGUCUUCCGGAGCUUGAUCAAAACCAGGGUCACCUUCCUCAACAUCCUCAACCACUAG